UGCUCAAAUAGAUUCAGCUCCUGACCUCAGAAAAAUCACCCUGUCUGCACUGGUGCUGACAGUCUGCAGCCUUGCCUCCUCCAGGAAGGAUCACACUCUCCCUGAACUUCUGUCUGGAGCAGCCACCUGGCCUCAAGCAGACAAAGCCAUGGCAACAGCAAAGUGCAUCCCUGCUGAGCCUCAGCCUAGAAGGCAAGAUCUCCAGGAGAUGCUGACAGAAGUGGGGUUGUCUGUUGACUACUGGCUUCCUAAACUUAAGGAAGACAUGGGUGUGGCCUGUGCCCAAAACUUACAACACUUAGAAGAAAAAGACCUCCAGAAGCUGAAGUCCCAGACACAGCACACAUGGGAAGAAAAGGCUCUGGAGAAGCUGCUUGAUCUCUCACAGCCAAACAGUGUUGCAGAGUUCCAGGAGACUUCAAGGGAGAUGAUAGAGAACAGACAGCAUCAGGCAGAACAGGCACUGCAGGAACUGAGGGCCUUGCAGUUAGAAGGGAGGCAAAGAGAAGAAGAAGAAGAAGAAGAAGAAGAAGAAGAAGAAGAAGAAGAAGAAGAAGAAGAAGAAGAAGAAGAAGAAGAAGAAGAAGAAGAAGAAGAAGAAGAAGAAGAAGAAGAAGAAGAAGAAGAAGAAGAAGAAGAAGAAGAAGAAGAAGAAGAAGAAGAAGAAGAAGAAGAGAGGAAAGAAGCAGAGCUGAGACAAGCAAUGGAGAUCCCUGAAAAGUGCUGGCCAGGACCUGAAGUACCCCUCAAAGAUAUCACUGAAACAAUGGAGAGACAACCAAGAGACAUGGAGCAGAAACUGACCUACAGGGGAAAUCUGCCAGAUAGAGAACUAGUUAGAUGGGCUUCUGGAGGGCUGGCCCUGCAGGGAAUAUACAAGACGUGCCAUCAAAAGAACCUGGUAGCAAGGAGAGAAGAACUACUCAGGGUCCCCAAGGAAUUUGUCCUCUUUGGAUCUGAGAAAGCAAAAAGAAUGGAAGCAAAAGAAUUCACAUCUUAUCAAGAAGAAGCCCUGUUUACUAAAAAUGUGGAGAAGCUGGGAUUUGGAGCAAUGACAUCAGCCACAGGUGGAUCCUGGGGAUUUAGUCAAGAAUGUGGUAGAGAUCAAAGCAAACAUUCAGAAUCUAAAGACACACACCAGUCAUAUUCAGAGCAGUCUUAUUUCUGCUCAGCCAAGUUCAGCUUUGUGCCGCUGGUCUCCUUCCACUUUCGAAUUGAUGAGCUGCAGCUCUCCCCUGCUGCUCUCAAGGAACUGAAGAUUAUUGAGGAACAACUGGAACACACUGAUGGACCAGACAGAUUCCUCUUACUAAGGAACAGGACUGAAAACUUCUUCAACAGAUUUGGUUCUCAUGCUAAUCAAGGCCCUCUGCAUCUUGGGGGAAUCUAUUGGUGGAAGGCCUUUUCAGAGGGUUUCAGAAGUGACCAGCUGGAUUGUGUGAAGCAUCAGACAGAAGAGGCCUUGGAUAGUUACAUAAGGGCAGGCUACAAUGGCUUUAGAGUCAAAUUUAUAGCAGGAAUAACAAAAUCAGACUCACAUUCAGUAAGAUCCUGCCAAAAUGCAACUAAUCAACAGCUCCAAAUCAAAGUCCAAUUAUCUGUGGCCCAGAUAGGUGGACCACCAGAGGCAAAUGGAAUUCUUCAAUGGACAACUGGCCUUCUCGCCAGCAACAAAAACUGGUCUGUCAUUGACCGAGAACAUCAGCUGGUACCCAUUUGGGACAUCAUCCUAUCAAAUCACAGAAGCAAUUUUAAGGACCCCUUUCUGGUGGCUAACUGCCUGGCAGAAAACUACUCUGCUCUGACUGGCCUUGAUGCCCGCAUCCGGGCUGGAGAACAUAUGUUGAUCCCUGAAAAGGAAGCAGGGCAUACCCUGGAUGAUGUGAAAUCCUGGGAGGUCUCUAACUCUGAAGAAAAACUUAAGAAGCUGAUGAGUUUUAUGCAAACACUGGCCCACAAAACAAAAGGUUAUGACAUAUGGAUUAAUAGGUGUCUCGAAGAUUUAGAUCUGCAGAUUUUUCUCAUAAACACUGUCAACUUUUGCAAAAACCCAUCCAUUCAAAAAAUUCUGUUUACUCAACCUCAGUUACGCAGUCUUCUAGAACCUCAUGUACACAAAGUGAAAAACUUUCCUCAGGUGAAGUCAAUGAUUCAGUGGAUUGACAAGACAGAGGCAGAGGAAAAGCAAGUCAAAAUCACUGAAUUGUCUGAAUUCCUUAAAACUCUGAAAGGAAUCCAAAAAGCUCUCGUGGAAGCAAAUGACAAGUCUGAGUCCCUAGAAACAGUGGAAGAGGCUCAAAGAAAGGCUACCUGUGAGGUCACCACAGCUCUUAGCUCCUUCUUGAACAAUCUCAGAGAAUCAGCGCAGCCAGACAUGCAGCUGCUACUACUCUCCAUUGCAGCUGGUGCAGGCUAUCAGUUGGAAAGCAAUGUUUUCCAGCCUCUCCUGGGGUGUGCUGAGAUAAACUUCCUACUGGAUGAAAUUCAAACUGUCCAACACAGAUAUCAGGAGCUAAAAACUAUCUGCACAGACAGGGCACAGGCAUUCCUAGUGCUCAAAGCUAUGACCACCACAGUAAAUGUCUCAGAGAUUUCUCCAGAAGAAAAAACACAACGCUUGGGAUUAAUAAGACAGCAUACGGAGCAUUUACAAUUGUCUACAAAAUUUGGACAAGUCCUCACAAAGUUUGAAACAGAUCAUGAUUGGGAAAAUCUAGAGAAUAAUUUGAGAUUAUUCAUUGAUGGGAAUUAUGAAGACACCAUCUCGGCUUUGAAAUUGGAAGAUAUGAAAAAACAGCUGCAAAGUCUCGACCUUGAAAAUAAAGAGACUUAUAAUCAACAAGAUAAUGAAAACAACAAAAAGGAAAACAUAGAAAAGGGACCAUUGCUAGAUUUACUCCAGCGUCUAGGUCUAGAACAUCACUACCCAAAAAGGAUGAGCAGAGCUGACUUCCAUCUGAUCUAUAAGAAUUCUGUGUACAAUACACAGCCAAGAUCUGAACAGGAACUUCCCUUCUAUUUCCUACAAAAGCUACUGAUGCUAGAUUGUGGGUUCAGACAUCUGGUCUUCAAAAAUAAUGGAAAUGCAGACACCCAAGACUCUGUAGGUCCUGACAACUCAGAAAAUGAGUCUUUUGAUCCAUAUGAAGAGUUCUUUGAUGACAGAUAUAAGCUUACUAAUUCUUCAACCACUGAGUUCUGGCCCCACAUUCACCCAAUGGACAUCCAGAUGGCCAUUUUUCACUGUGCAGAUGAUCUUGCCAGGCAAUACAUUUUGUCCAAACUUUCCAUUUGUCAAUUUGCACUCCCCCUUGUGGUGCCAAAUCCCAACAGUUCUCAGAUUGAAUUCUCUCUCUGGUCUCUCAGACAAAUCAGGAGAAGUUGGCAAGAGUCAAGUAAAUCACCACAGGACAAGAGCUACAGUCACAGCAAUCAGCAGAUGUGCUGUGUCUCUGCCCCCAUUGUGUCCUUCAUUAGAGUUGGAAAUGGCUUCUCUGCUUCCAAAUCUCAGAUCAUGAACUCUCUUCUCAGUAAACGUAAACAUGAUGUGUUUUUUCACAGGCACUGCAGAGGAAGCAGCAAAGAUUGUCUCCUGAUGGAGGGAGUGGUGGAGAUCUCCUGGUUCUGUCCUGGAGGUCAAAGUGAGGACAGAUUUGACAAGUGUGUGACCUUCACCAAUCUUAGAGGAGAUGCCAAGGACCAUAGACAACAACUCAGCUUCCUGCAGGAUGUCUCUUCUCUCAUUGUGAUCCUCAUGUCAGCUUCUGAUGAUAAUGAAGAAAACCAAAAACUUGUUAGAUACCUCUGUCAGUCAUCAAAAUCCCUGAUCUGUUUGACUGAUGACAAAGAAGAAGCCAUAGCCAAUUAUUCUGGUAAAAGAAUGAGAAUUGGCAUCAGGAAUAGAAAUGAGGCAGAAUUAACAGAGAAGCUCACAAAUGCUAUCAAAUUUUUACUAGAACUCUCUGACCAUCCACUCAGCUUAGAGGACUGUUCAAAGAUAGCUAGAAAACAAGGAUUUCUGAUUGAUGAAGAUCAAAGAGAAAUUAAGGAAGCCAAAGAAAAAGCACAGACUAUAAUGGACCUCCUGAAACUAUCAAAGUUACCUGAGAUAAAAGAAAACUUGCUGCAGUUGCAGGGACAACUUUGGCACCUUUGGUGUAAGAAGGACAAGGAACUCUAUCAUCUGAGAGAAAAAGGGAAUCGGAGCAUUGAGCAACACAAGAGUGAAAUUGAGGUAGAAAAACAAAAUAUACGAUGUCAGCAACUUAAUAAGGCCUUUCCUCUCAAUCCCUUAAUGUGCUCUAUCCUACAAAUUCUCCUAGAAGAUUUAGAAAUUUACCCCAAAUUAUAUUUCUUACACUGGAUAAAUAUGGUUUUGGAAAAGCUAACUUCAGGACACUUGGAGAAUUUGCAUGGAAAGCAACAAUCUUUGUGGUCACAAGUACAGGCAGAAAAGCAGAAAGCACAGAAGAGCACCUCCCUGACACUCUGGCAGAAGCAGAUAGAAGCCAUCUCUACCGAGAUUCUUAACUGCACUUUAGGAAUUGAGCACCUUCUCCGAGAAAUUGGCCAGAUCUAUGAAGCUCUGGAAGAAACUUCCCCAUCUAGAGACAGACAUUUUCUCUGCCUCCCCAAGAUUGCUGCAGAUUUGAUGGUAGCUGGGGUUCCCAUUGAGCUGAUGGAUGGGGAUGCAUCAUAUGUGCCUCUAAAGUGGGUGAUGGCUGUUUUGGACAAGAUCUCAGAGAAAGUUGGAGACAAAAGACUGUUUGUUCUCUCUAUCCUCGGUCUGCAGAGCUCAGGGAAAUCCACCCUACUGAAUGCUCUGUUUGGGCUGCAGUUCACAGCCAGUGCAGGCAGGUGCACCAAGGGGGCAUAUAUGCAGCUCCUGAAGGUGGAAGAGACAUUCACAGAGGAACUUGGCUUUGAUUUUGUUCUUGUUGUAGACACAGAAGGACUUCGGGCUCCAGAACUCAAUAGCAAAUCCCACCAUCGGGACAAUAAGUUGGCAACAUUUGUCAUUGGCCUUGGAAACUUGACUUUGAUUAAUAUUUUUGGGGAGAAUCCAUCAGAGAUGCAGGAUAUCCUACAAAUAGUGGCCCAGGCCUUUCUGAGAAUGAAACAAGUGAAAAUCUCCCCCAGUUGCUUCUUUGUCCAUCAGAAUGUGGGAGACAUUACAGCUAAAGACCAAACUAUGGAAGGACGAAGGAGACUGGAGCAGAGACUGGAUGAGAUGACAGCAUUAGCUGCUGAACAGGAAGAGUGCUCAGACAUAACCCGCUUCAGCGAUGUAAUUAAAUUUGAUGUUAAUAGUCAUGUCUACUACUUUGCUCACCUCUGGGAUGGUAAUCCCCCAAUGGCCCCUCCCAAUCCUCACUAUAGCUACAACGUCCAGGAGUUGAAAACUGGGAUUCUUAGGAUUGCCCACCAGGAAUCCAGAGGAAAGAUCAUGAAGAUCUCAGAUGUAAAAUUCCGAGUUCAGGAUUUGUGGGAAGCCCUGGUCAGUGAGAACUUCAUUUUCAGUUUCAGGAACACCCAAGAAGUCAUAUCCAUGAACAAACUGGAAACCAUGUAUAACCACUGGACCUGGGAGCUGAGGAGUCAUGUGCUGGAUUUACACAAUCAGUUGACCAAUCAGAUAGAAAAUGGGAAACUACUGAUACUCACACCCAGCACACUGGAGGGUCCAGUCAGUACAAAAUAUGAAACCAUCAAGGAAGAUUUUGACAAAUAUUUUGAAGAAGACACAGAUAGAGAAACAUUGGUACAAUGGAAAUCAAGCUUUGAACAUAAGUUACUAAUGCUUAAAGAUGCACUUAUUUCAGACACCAGAAGGAAAUGCAAUGAGCUCAUCAGUCUUAAACAAAGCCAAAAAAGACUAGAUAACCAAAAGUCUCUAUAUGAAAAUGAACUGUUAGAGAGGAGCCGAGAGUUGGCUUUGAGUGUGAAGGGUAAAGAAUUCAGUGAUGAAGAGUUGCGUGAGAAAUUCAAUCAACUUUGGACAGGUUGGAUCUACAAAGUUUCUUUGACUGCACCUCUUGUCACAGAGCCUGACAUUGAGUGGGAUGCUGAAAACAUCCUUCUGGGGCAUUUCAAAAAGGAGAAAAACAUUGUAGAAAGACUUAAAAAGAACUCUGGAGAAAUGUUUGAGAUUAAUUAUGCCAAACAUAUCCAAGUGAAAAAAAAGUUUGGGAUAAUUCCAAAGUGUUUAGAAACCUGUCAUAAAGAAUCCAUUAAGAAGACUACUAGUAACAUUUCUUUAAGAUUUGAGGAAAUAAUUGAAAACAUUUGGAAGCAAAGGCGUGAUUACAGUCAGAAUGAUUUUCAUGAAAUCUUGAGGAUAAUAGAAAAAGAACUGAAAUCUGUUCCCCCUGAAGAAGAAUACACAUUUACCAAAGAGUAUAACAUUGAUUUAUCUGUAUGCUUAUUUGAAAAAGCAUCUAAGAAUUUCAAGGAAAUAAACAAGGAAUUCAAUAGAGUAUAUGAUCCUGUGAACUAUCUGGAGAGAAAAAAAGAUGACUUCUUCAUCAGUUUUAAAAUCUCCUGCCAAGGUGCCACCUCCAUCACAUCGUUUGUAGACUUCCUGUGGCUCAAGCUCACUCCUGCUAUCUCUGCCACUAUAUGGGAGAAAAUGAGCCUUAAAGUAGCUGGAGACAUGAGAGCUGCCUGCGCUGAAUUCAAUGGAAACAGGGCUAACCUGGAGAAACAUAUUCUCAUUUCUCUGGCAGAAGAGGAAAACUUUGAUAUGUAUUGGCAGUACAUUCAUCAUCCAGAAUCCUUUUUCAGGGCUUACAUUAGAGACCAUAUUAGAAGAUACUUGUCAGCAAAAGAAGGUGAAAAAAUAAAGACUUUUAUAAAAAUAAUUUUAGGUGACAUCAAGAAUGUCAUCCUCUCUGCCAUUCAUGAGUCCACAGCAGUAACUAAAGAUAACAGCACUGCUUCUCGCUGGUUGGAUUUGUUCUGUGAUCACCUAGGGAGCAACCUGAUCUUUCCAAGAAGAGACCUGAUAAGCAUCGAGCACCAGGAGAUAAAGGACACUGAGUUUCUCAAAGAAGUCAUGAGUGUAGCUUUGGAUCCUGCACUGAAGAAAGUAAAAGAGGACUGCUCAAGUAAGCCCAUAGAUGAAAUGAUUCCUGACAUUGAGAAAAUUCUCUCGGCACAUCUCUGUGGCUGCUGGAAGCAGUGUCCUUUUUGUAAAGCAAUUUGUACAAACACCAUUCCCGAACAUGAUGGAGACCACAGUGUGCCAUUCCACCGUCCUCAGGCUGUCAAUGGAUGGCAUUAUUAUAAAACAGACCACUUUGUCAUUGACUGCUGUACUACUUGUGUAGCAAGUGACAGUUCAUUUAUUUUACAUGACCUCCGGAGGUUCCCAUACAAGAAAUAUCGAGCAGCAGGAGGUAAUUUUGCCACAUGGAGCAUCACCCCAGACUCAUCUACUCAGCCAUAUUGGAAAUGGUUUGUCUGUCGCUUCAGAUCAAAGCUUGAAAAGGAGUAUGGAAAGAAAUUUACAAAGUUAGGUACUAUUCCAGAUUCAUGGACCAAAAUCACAAAGGAAGAAGUACUUGAUGACUUGGAAUAUAAUAAUUGCCAACAUAAACAAUAACACUGCUACACAAAUUUCAUUUUUUCCAAAGGACCUGAAAUUCAGGCGUCACCAUCAAGAUUACAGUUUAUAAAUAAGAUACAUAAAAAUAAAAUCAGUUACUAUUUCUAGACCUGAAGAUCUUCUGCUAAAGAGAAUGUUUAUGUCUUAAUUUCUGCUGCUUUGAAUAUAAUGUAUUGAACAUGAGAAUAUCAGUCCUAAACAGGAUGUCUUCAUCAAAUCCUUCUCGAGACUCAGGGAACCAUACAGAAGAGGAGGCUGUGUGAUGGCCUUAAAAUUCUCCAAUUUUAUGCUGGACGUCCAUCUUGGAACUCACUAGCCAUUUCUGUCUAACUCCAGCUCCUGGAUUAUAAAUUCUCAGUAAUCCCAGACUCAGAGUCUCUCUCUCUCUCUCUCUCUCUCUCUCUCUCUCUCUCUCUCUCUCUCUCUCUCUCUCGCACACACACACACACACACACACACACACAGAGAGAGAGAGAGAGAGAGAGAGAGAAACACAUUCGCACACAUGCACACACACACACACAUACAAAUGUAGAGCCAUGACCAUCUGUUUGUUAUAUAACUAACUGUUUUGGGGUCUUCUGUAACAUGCUUAUGCAGAUAGCCAAGGAUUAUUUGGGGUCACCUUGACCACUUACUAAAUAGAUCAGUUUUGACAGAUAAUGAAGGUCUUCUAAUGGUUUUCACCACAAGAAUCCUUUUCUUGCCACACUUCUUAUGACAAUCUCAAGUCUUCUAAGAGAGUGCUGUCCUGCUAUCAGCUAAUUCAUAAAACAUUUUAUUAUAAUUGGAUUGAGUCUAUGAUCUUUGCCAAGGCAUCACAAUCACCAUAGCAUUUGGAUGCCCCUGCAAGAUGCCUGAGAGACUCUGACUCAGCACCAGAAUAGGACCCCAACUACUUUGAAGCCCAAGGAGCACAAGACCACAUAGUAAAUAAUAGACCUCACAGGAAGCAAGUCCAUCUUGUUAAGCUCCAGAGAGUCCAUAUUGCAACUGCCCCAAUUUUGCAAAUUGAAAGCAGAAACAAGAUUAAAAGUUGUCAACAAGCAUUCUGAAGUUCAAACCAAUCCGUGACUUGUUCCCUUCUGCUUUGGAGUCCAGACAUAUGUAGAGACAAAGAUGAAAUCAGAUAAGAUCAUAGACCCAGUCUUCAAGGCAAAGUAAAUGUCCUACAUUCCCUGUGGUUUUGGUAUAUGAGUAAAGGUGGCCACUACAUGUCUGAGUUCAUCUGGUCUUCCUUGAUUGUGUUUGUGUGUUGAUGUUCUACACUGAUGCCAUAUGAAAAAAAGAACCAGCCAAAGAAGCACACCCUGACUCUGAAACCAGAGCCAACCAAAGAAACACACUUUGACCCUGAAACCAGAGUCAAAGAAACACACCCUAACUCUGAAAUGAGAGCUAAAGAAACACACUCUGGCUCUGAAACCAGAACCAGUGAAAGAAAUACUCUCUGGCCCUGAAACUAGAGCCAAAAGUUUAAAAGGGACCAGUGCAAGAAACCUUGAAACCAGAGCCAAAGAAACACAUACUUGAUCAACUGAGCACCAACCCCACCAAUCCCUGAAGAGGAAAACCCACCAAUUCCUAAGCAUGAAACUAACCAUUCCCUGAGCAUGAAAUCCAGCCAAUCACUGAGUUUGUUCAAACUCAAGGAUUGAAAUUGAAAUUUCCACACUGAAAAUCUUCACCCUGGAAAAUCUCUACCCCCAAGAAGCCCUACGUAAACCCUGUGCCUGUUCAGUUGGGGGCAGCCUUUUCCACCUUGGCAGAAGCAGCACUCUCUUAGAUUACUUACUCCCUUCCAAUAAAUAUCUUGAAUGAGUUUGGGGUGAAGACCUUCUUUUGCCAGAGCAGAGCAGAGAAGAAAUGGUCAUCUCUGUUGGGAAACUCCCUUAGUGGAACAGAGCAGAGAAGUAACAACUUUAAUGAGAACAGAGAAGCAAUGGACAUCUCUGCUGAGAAACUCUCUUAGCAGAGUGGAGCAGAGCUGAGCUACAACAGCUCUCUCAGAGAGGAACAGGAUUGCAACAUCCUACAGAAAGACAAUCCCCCACUGGAACCCAGCUAUCGGUACAGUCUGAUUUCCCAACAGCCAGAAUACCUUUCCCUUUUUAGCUGUAUGUUAGCCCAAUUUCCCAACAAUCAGAAUACCUUGCCCUCCAGAGCAGUAGCACAUGCAUUAUCUUUUGUCUGUUGGACUUUUCAUAUUCGUUACAAAGACAGGAGUCAGACUAAAUACAGUUACAUUGCUCCUAAGCUGCAUGUCAUAUUUUCAGGAUUUCCAAGGGCAAAUUUAGUCUGUGUGACUCCACAUCAGGCACUUCUUCGUGUACACCCUUCUGUUUCUAACCCUUUUCCCUCCCCCCUGCUUCUCAAGAAUGUCUUUAUUCUGCUUGACCUAUCUUCCAGCUAGCUCCUGUCUCUGACCAUAAAUCCCUGGCUGCCAACUUCACCCUGCCCUUGUCUCCAGGCUGGUAUGAUGCAAGAGCCCCUGUGCACAUUGCUUUUGGGCACCAUAAGCCCCCUGUUUCUCUUCUUGUUGCUCACUGUACUGCUGUAGUUGAUCAACACCCAGAAUUUCUUAUCUCUAAGCCUUUGUUCUCUCUUUGUUCUGGUCUCUCCCUCUGAUCACUGGAGUUGGUAUUGCAGGGAUUCACAUGUCUUUUGGGUGUGGAUUAUAUUGUUUUGUGUUGUUCUACUUAAUAAAAAGCUGAAUAUGGACUUGA